AUGCAACAAGAACAGAGACCGAGGAUUGACGAAAUAGUUGCACUUAUUGUUGCUGGUGGAAAUGAGACACAGGUAGUGUCUACGCUUGACCAGUUAUCAAUAGAACAACUUGCACAAGUUCCAAGAGAAACACUAAAUGUGCUUAAUCCUACUAUUCAUUCCAUUGGCUACUUGUAUUUCCUAAAUGCAAAAUGUCUUUAUGCAACAAAAGUAAAUGCUGCAGAGUACUUUACGCUCUUGAACAGCUUUGUUCAAUUGUUUGAUCCUGCACAGAUUGCAUCAUCACCAAGACAGUUCAAGUUUAUUGGUUUUUCAUUAUUACAUCUUGCUGAAGUAACAGAGGAGCCAUUGUUACCUCUUCAAAGCUUUGUAAUGGCUAUUGAUAGAUAUACUCAAGGAUCUCGCGUUACCCUGACUUCGCUUCAUGCACCAUUUGUCAAGGCGUGUAUAAAAGCAAAGAACUAUACCUAUCCUCUUCAGUUCCUAGAAUGUGACAUUCAGAUCAUUGAAAAAUCAAAACAUGAUCUCAAGCCUCGGGAUGUAUUGGAAUACUAUUACUAUGGCGCUAUUGUCUACAUUGCCAACAAAAACUUUGAUCGAGCCUUGGAAUUUUUGACUGUAGUGAUCUCUGCACCAACGCAAAGGGUUGUGAGCGCGAUACAAAUAGCUGCUUACAGAAAGUUUAUACUGGUUUCACUCAUCUAUGAGGGACGAUCGGGAGCUUUACCGAAAUGUACAGCGAAUCAUGUAGAAAAGGCCUGCAAAACACAAGCAGGUGUUUAUCAAAACCUGGCAGAAGCGUUUGUCAAUACAGAUAUUCAAGGGUUUAGAGAUAUUGCGACCAAGUCAUCCAAUAUAUUUGAAUCGGAAAGGAAUACUGGGCUCGUCAAACAAUGCUUCCAGUCGCUUUUAAGAAAAAAGAUCAAGCAAUUGGCUUAUGUCUAUAUCACAGUUGGACUGAGUGAUAUGACAAAAAGGAUUGGAGUGAUUACAUCAGAAGAGUUGGAAAAAAUAUUGGUUGAGAUGAUUAUUCAAGAUGAGAUCAAGGCAACUAUUUCAAUAACUAAUGACUAUGAAAAGAUGGUUCAUUUCGAAGACGAAGAAGAGGAAGAGACUGAAGUACGCAAACAGAUGAAAUUGGAGGAUUCUAUCCAUAACAUUACCAUGAUUAAUGAAAGAAUCUCAUUGAUGGAUAAAUUAGAAGCAUUAAACAGAGACUUUCAAGUAAAGUUUAUGACAUUGAGUUCUACUGGACCGAUGAUGAGUGAACAUUUUGUGGAUGAAGAAAUGGAUCUUCCGGUGGAUGAAUAA